CCCGUCUCCUUCAUUCUGUUGCCGUGGCCAUGCGCUGGCGAUUUUCUGCGGCUGUUACCGCAGCUGCUUGCCGAUUCCGAGUGGUCCCGUUUUGGCCGCUGGGGGGUGAGGUCUUGGACUUGGACCCGCGCACGCUGCUUGAAGCCGAAGCGCCCUGCAAGGCCCUGUCUGCGGAGCUGGCGGAGCGGGGGGUCCUCGCCUUCAAAGGGCUGAACCUCAGUGACAGCGAGUUCCUGUCCAUCUCCGGCCUCUUGGGAAAGGAGCUCAUCAGCAGGCAUGUUGUCCACCCGGAGUCGCCCAGCGAAGACAUUCUUCGGCUCUCGAAUCAGGCGCAGCAUGGCGUGGUGGGGGUGGGCCCGCAGUGGCACCAGGAUGGCAGUACAGAGCAGCAGGUCUUCAGCCACCUCCUCUUCCACGCGAAGACGCGAUCUGCGGCCACGCUCUUCGCAGAUGCGCGGAAGGCCUUCGAGCUGCUGCCGCCACAGACGCAGGAGAAGUGGGCGCGGAUUGCCUCGGUGAAUGCCUACUCUGGCGCAGUGCAUCCUUUGGUCCACGAGCACCCGGUCUCUGGCAAAAAGGUCUUGUUCCUGCACCUGGGGCAGACUGGUGCCUUGAUCACUCGGUCGGACCUCAACUCUGAGCUCGCGGACCCGAGCUUCGGAGCGCUGCCAGAGUCAGAGGUGCGGGCGCUCUUCGCGCAGCUUCACGCGCUGCUGAGCCGCCCGGAGCUGCACCUCAGCUACACCUACGAGGCCGGGGACUUGGUGCUGGUCGACAACCUCGCGGUGCUGCACCGCGCCUCGGAGGCCGCGUUUGAGGCGUCGGCCUGGGCUCCGCUGCGAGUGCUGCACCGCGCCACCGUGCGAGGAAACAAGAACCUGGGCGUAGAGGGCCUUCCGCCCUAUUUGUACAUAUUCGGUGAGAAUCCCUUCGACCCUUCCGGGCUGUGGCAGUCAUCGGACUACUACGGCGUCGGCUUCCGCUGGAACCGCUCCCAGCGCUUCCAAAAUUAGGCCAGUCGCUUUGCUGCUUUGCCGCUGUGCGAGCCG